CUCUUUACAAUCACAAGAUCUUCAUUUGUUUUACUACCCUGCAUUACAGUUCCAAAGAAAUUGGCAAGUCUUUCCCAUUGGUUUCCUUGUAGAAUAAAUUGUAAAACCACAAAUAUUAAAAAAAAUCAUUGUUUUAGGAACACAUUAAUGAGAAGAAAGACAUAUAGCACAGUAGAAAGGAUUUAGAUUUUGGUUUUAUCCCAGUUGCUUCUGUUCCCUAUUUUGCCAGAUUUAAAUAAACAAUGGUUGCUCUUCCUGUAAGCAGCCAGAGGUGACCUGUGAAGAUGGUUCUCUACUCCCUUGACCCAGAAAACCCCACGAAAUCACGCAAGUCAAGAGGCUCAAACCUUCGUGUUCACUUUAAGAACACCCGGGAAACUGCCCAGGCCAUCAAGGGUAUGCAUAUCUGCAAAGCCACCAAGUAUCUGAAGGAUGUCACUUUAAAGAAGCAGUGUGUGCCAUUCCGGCGGUAUAAUGGUGGAGUUGGUAGGUGUGCCCAGGCCAAACAGUGGGGCUGGACACAGGGACGGUGGCCAAAAAAGAGUGCUGAUUUUUUGCUGCACAUGCUUAAAAAUGCAGAGAGUAAUGCUGAACUUAAGGGUUUGGAUGUAGAUUCUCUGGUCAUUGAACACAUCCAGGUGAACAAGGCUCCUAAGAUGCGCAGACGAACCUACAGAACUCACGGCCAGAUUAACCCAUACAUGAGCUCCAUCUGGGACAUCAAGAUGAUGCUCACUGAGAAGGAACAGAUUGUUCCAAAGCCAGAAGAGGAGGUUGCACAGAAGAAAAAGAUAUCCCAGAAGAAACUGAGGAAACAAAAACUCAUGGCACGGGAAAAAAUUCAGCAUAAAUAAAUGCAGAUAAAGUAAAAAAAAA